AUGUCUGACCAAGAGAAACAACAAAUAACCCACGAUGACUUCAAUUUCCCACCAGGUACUGUCCAUCUUGUCGAUAUGCAUUCCUCGUUGGAUGUAAAAAAGGGCGAAGGUAAUAUCAUCUUGCACCCUCAGCCAUCAUCCAAUGUUAACGAUCCACUAAGAUGGUCCAAAACGAAAAGAAACUUUCAAUUUGCAUUACUUUGGUUCUGGUCGUUCAUGUUGGCCCUCAAUUUGAAUUUCAUGACCCCUUUGUUUUCUGACUGGAUCGUUGAGUUCCACACAACGUAUUCUGAGCUAGGGGUUGCUGUUGCUCUCGGUUAUUUAGGGUUAGGAGUUGGUGUAUUGUUCAUUCAGCCGACUGCGUUGAAGUUGGGAAAAGUAUUUGUCUACAGAUUGGGUACUAUCCUUGCGAUAGUUGCAUGCGCUAUGGGUUCUCAAUCCUCCAAUAUUGGCUACUUCCAUGCAUUCAGAAUUUUGGCCGGUUUGGCUGCGUCUCCGGUUGACACAUUAGUUGAAAUCUCAGCAAACGAUUUGUUUUUCCACCAUGAGAGGUCUACUGCAUUUAGCUCGCUAAUAUUGGCAUUAUAUGGAGGUACUGACUUGGGUCCAGUGGCUGCUGGAUACAUUGCAGAUAGCAUGGAUUGGAGCUGGUGUUACUAUAUCCUAAUUAUUAUCUUUGUCCCCUUGCUAGUACUUCAAUUUUUCUGGAUGGAGGAGACUACCUUCAGGCGUCCUACGGGUGAAGAAGAACAUUUAGAAGAGGAAAUUCUUUUCCAGAUCAAGUCACAAGAACCAGGACAGUCAGUUGCAUCAAGGGAACAAAAGGACAACAUUGAGGUUGUUGUUGACUCCAGUUCAGAUGACGAAGAUCAGGCUAAAUUGACCUACUGGCAGAAACAUAAAUUGUAUCACACUGAGCACAACGACACAAGAUCUUGGUUGAGCAUUUUUGUGAAACCUUUGUAUUUAGUCACUUUCCCUGCUGUUGUUUGGAGUGGUAUGAUUUACGGAUUCCAGAUGUUUUGGUUGUCCCUUACUGUAAAUACACAGUCAGAAAUAUACUCAGGUGCACCUUACAACUUUAGUGUUAACAAUGUCGGUUUGACGACAUUGGGACUCUUUGUUGGUAGUGUGGUGGGAAUGUUCUACGGUGGACCAUUUGUCGAUUGGUUUGCCAUCAAAAUGGCCAAGCGCAACAAUGGGAUCUUGGAACCAGAACAUAGGUUACACACCAUGCUUGUGCCAACGAUUUUGAAUGCCGCUGGUAUUUUGGCGUACGGUUUGGGAUCCUAUUAUGGAAGCCAUUGGGCUAUUUCAGUUGUUCUAGGUCUUGGUUUUAUGGGUUUUGCAAUGGGCUCUUCAGGAGCAAUUUGUUUGGUUUAUGCUGUCGAGUGUUAUGAGAAAUUAGCCAGUGAGAGUCUUGUGUUGAUUUUGUUUAUUAGAAAUAUGAUUGGUAUGGGAUUCUCCUUUGCUAUUUCCCCAUGGAUAGAUGCACAAGGGCUAAUGAAGACCACCUUUACUAUGUUUGCACUUUCAGUAUUUGUUAAUGGAAGUUAUCUUUUGAUGAUUUGGAAAGGGAAGGCAAUCAGACGCUGGUCAAAAGCUAGAUACGAGAAAGUUAGUGUUCCUUCUUACGGGGAGAUGUUUAAGAGAAAUUAG